AUGGAUUGGCUUCAACCAAGGAGAGGCCCGGAGUGGAAGCGAGGAUGGACCAACCAGAUGUUGGCCUCGAUGUCCGCCCCGCCGCUCCACCUGCUCUCUGUCUUCUUCAUCGCCAUCUCACUGCUCUGGUUCUCCGGUCGCGUUCGGUAUGAGUCUGAGUUCCGCUACUCCAUGGUCAACCUCCAACUCCUCCUCUUCCUCUUGCCCCUCCUCAUCUUCCUCUUCUUGUCCCUCCAAUCCGGGGCUGCACGGCUCAACUAUCACCUCUCCUGGCAGCAGCCGCGACAUCCCAUGCAGCCCCACCUCCCCGGUGGUGUUGGUGGCGGCGGCGGAGGCGGUGACAACGGUGGUGGAGGGGGAGGGGGCAUUCCCUGGGGCGUUGCCAUCAUUCUGGUACUGGUCCUGGUGAUGGUGUCGUACCACCGGUCGUUUCAGUCCAUGUGGUUCGGGCCUCUGCGAAGGUCGGAUUGA